GGAGGAAUGGCAGCUGACACUGGCGCACUCUAUGACAGGAAGUGUCAACCAUUGUACUCUCUUAUGAUUACGUUUUGUUAAUAUUAAAGGAAAAACCGAAGAAAACCCUUCAGGCACACCAGGGCUCGGCAAGAAUGGGGGAAUCGUCCAUGGGAAUGAAGAGCAGCGAUUUAGUGACAGAGAGCAGUCCUUCCAGCUCUCGAAGUCAUUCCGCGGAUGUGGUCUGGCCACCCCAUGCGUACGCUGAUGUCGGCAUAUCGUUCCAUCAACUUUAUGAAGCAGUAUGUGUGAAAGAGGGCAUACGAGGCUUGAGCAGCGAGAAACAGGUUGAUUAUUCUGGGGCGGCCGUGUCCCUCCAUCAGCAGCAUCCUUACGAGCGAGUCGGAGAAUAUGUGGGGGACGGUCGAGAGUCUCCACUAGUGGUAUACCAGGAGGUCCCAUCCCCAUUCUCGCAGCAAGGAACCUCUGCAGCAGCAGUAGAUGCUUAUGUGCAGGUUCCCUUUGGAGCACUUUCACGUGUUGCUGUCUUUCGGGAGUCCCCUAUCCCAUCCACAUCUGAUGCCCAACAGCAGCAGUAUGAGCAGGAACUCGAAGCCAGUCAAGCAGAUGAGAUUGCUGCUAUGUCUCAAGUGCUGGACCUGCAUCGAUCCUCCACCUCCUCGCGCCUACCUUCUUCGAGCCUACUGGCCCCAUCCCGAGUUAGUGUCUCUUCUCCUCCAUCGCCUUCCCGCUCUCCCUCGGUGCUCGUCGUCCCUGGAUCUAUGUCGGGAAGCUCAGAAGAGGUGGUGUCCUCUCUGCGGCCAGUGUCACUGGAAUCUCAGCUCGCUAUGAGCCCAGCAGCUGCGGCACUUGGCCUGCCCGUCCUCCUGGAGAAAUCUGCGCUUGUUGCAGCUUCAACUUCAAGCAGGAGCGGAGGGCUGGCCAUGGCACAGAAGUUUCUCCUGGAGCAGGCACAAUAUUUAGCAGCUGAUCUGAGCUCCAGGGACUUGCUUCCACCCAUUCUACAAGGCCCAUCCUCUUCUGCGGGGCCUUCAACAUCGUCUCAGGGGCUGGGGUUCUCACAUAAGUCCAUCCUGGCUCACAAGUUUCCUCACCUGCUAGUCUCUGGUUCAGUCGGGCCCAGCUCCGGCCAUGGGGCUGAAGGUGUGGAAGAAGGAGAGCCAUCUCACCCUCCACAGCUCAUGGACUAUGCCUCGUCCUCCACUGCUAGCAUUCUGGAUGUGCAUGGCCCUCCCUUGUAUGCACCACAUCACCAAGUGUCCCUACCAAUCGACGUGUUUGUUACAGAGCGUGGUGAAGUGGCACUAGUCAGCAGCAGCGCAGAGGAUGGAAACGACUUGCUAGAUGACGUGCAACAAUAUCAUGCCGCGACGGAGCACGUGGCAAGACAGAAUGGAGCUUUACAGAGCUAUGUGUCAUCUAGUGCUGACAUGGUUGGUGGUGGUGAGGCUUCUGACCCAGGCAUGCAUUCCACAGUAGAUUCCACUGGUGGCUCUGGACUCCACUCACCAGAGGAGCACAUGAUAGACACAUCUGACGGCUACGUGGGUACAUCUGCAGACUCCCAUCACAUGCAGGUUGAUCCUCAAGUGGGCAACUACAGCCAACAACUUGAGCUGAGCUCGACAGAGGAAGCCUCUACGAGCCAUGGAAGGGCAGGGGUGCAUUCUGUGCUUCGCAUGCAGAGGGUGCUUCAAAUGAGGGAACCGCUGCCCCUGGAACCAUCAUCAUCCGCAUCACCAUCAGCUGUAACACCAGCUAGGGUGGAAGUUUGCAGUGACACCAUGGUUGCAGAAGAAGAAAGCCAGAAUUGUCAGGCUGUCAGCAGCGUCUCCCAGCCAGAUUCUACACGCAGCCCAGAGCUGUCUGUGUGUCCAACUCCUCCAGCUGCUCCAAGCCCCCAGGACUGCAGCUCCGCCAUCACUCCUUCCCUGCCCACCAUGCCUCAACCACCUACGAACGUUCCAUUAGCCGGCAACGAAAAUGUGGGGAAGGCUGAUACCGGACACUUUUGGUGCGAGGACUGUGGCCAGUUCUACGAUAAGGAAUGUUCACUGCACCGUGUUCAGCUCAUAGUGGAUAAACCGGUGCUAACCAGGGCUUGGGCAAGCUUGCCUGCUAGCUACCUCUAUGUCCACAAAGUGGCAGAAGAUGAACAUGGAGAGCCAGUAUAUGGUGUAUUUGCAAAGAAGAGCAUUCCUAAGAGGACUCAGUUUGGCCCCAUUGAAGGUGUCCUUCAAAGGAUGGCAGAGAGGCCACAAGAGUCCUUUCCCCUCUUGGUAAGUGAAGAGGGCUCCAACGUGAUGGUGCUGGACACCUCGGAUGAGACACAAAGCAACUGGAUGCGCUUUGUGCGACCUGCCCAAUGCUACGCCGAACAGAAUGUUAUUCUAGUGCAGCAGGAAUGUGGUCUUUACUUCAAUACAACGCGUGCCCUCACUGCCCGUAGUGAACUGCGUGUGUGGUACUCUACGGCCUAUGCUCACCGCUGGGGCUUACCACUCCUCCGGUCCAUGGAAGAGCUGCAGCUGCAAGGUCAGCAACCGCAGCAGCUGCAGCAACCACAACGGGUGCAGGUUCAGCAGGCUCAACAAACUAUGCAGGAGCAGCAACAGCAGUUGAGGAUGCAGCUUCGUCAGCCACAGCAGUCGAUCCAAGUAGAGCAGCAGCCAUAUCAGCAGCAACAGUUGCAAGCUGAGCCACAGCAGCUGCAGCAGCAGCAACAACAACUUAGAGUAGAAGAAGCACAACCUGCUACAGAACAGCACAGUUCCUGGCCGUGUUUUAAGUGCAGUGGUACAUUCUCAACAUCUGAAGAGCUUCAAAGACAUCUAAAUCUGCAUGAAAAGCCUGCACAGGAACAGAAUGGGCAGCUAUGUUCAGAGGGCAACUCUGACACUGAUGGCAGAUUCCCAAGGAAAUGUAGGCUACUUCGAGUACUGGAAGAGUCAAAGGAUACUGGAGCGACGUCUCCAGAGAAGACAUCAAAGGAUGGCAGUGUUGCAGGUGCAGAUAACACCGCAGUAACUGAAGGGGGCUCCAAAGAAGAGUACGGAUGUGACUUGUGCCAAAAAGUCUUCUCAAGGAAAUACGGUCUGACAAGACAUCUUAUUAUGCACAGUGGUGAGAAGAAGUACAAGUGCACCAUCUGUGACCUACGUUUCACACACCCAUAUAACAGAAAGAGGCAUGUCAUGCGACACCAACACAGUGAAGACCGUUCCAAGCUACAAAGAGUACGAUCCAAGUUGGUACGCAACGCAAGUGGGGUUUCUCGGUUUGAGAAUGGCGGUACAGUGCCAACCACCAAUGAAGCAUCCACCUCCUGGGGUUGUCCACAGUGCCGUCUGGUUUUCCACUCUGCUCAGUUACUUGACUUGCACUUGCCACUUCAUGCUGUGGCCUCAGAGGAGGAUGCUACUGUUGAGCCUGGCAGGAAGCAAGAGACUUGCCCAGAGUGUGAUCAGGAGUUCUGCACUCGUGGUGAACUCAUUCGGCACAUAAGCAUCCACGGCAAGCGAGGGCCACCCCGGGGUGAUAAGAGGGCAGUUCCCGCAACGCCCUCUGUGGGAGACACCGGGAUGGAAACCGAGUCCGGCAACCGCGCCGCGACAGCAAAUAGCAACGGUACCCCUGGACGCGCCAGGCGUUUCAAGUGCAGCCUUUGUUACAAGAGCUUUGCUACGGACGAACGUCUGGCCAAGCACUAUCAGGUUCAUGGCAAUGACGAGAGCAAGCCGUUGCAGUGUGAAUACUGCCAGAAACGUUUUCUCAACAACUCCGCCCUUACAGGGCAUCUCAAGACGCAUAGUCGUGGCGAGAGGUUUUUCGAGUGUCCAAUCUGUAAAGAAAAGUUCCACGUCAUCACCGCACUCAAAGAGCACGUCUAUACGCAUUGUGUCAACGGGGUCUACACUUGCCCGACAUGUGGAAAGACGUUUUUCGAAUACAACCAAGCACGCAAGCACAUUCGAGCAUUCCACACGGAUCAGCGUUUCCCAUGUGGCCAGUGCGACAAGGUGUUUCCUAGGCAGGACAAACUCAAACUUCACAUGCUGUGUCACUCUGAGCACCGUGAAUUCUUGUGCGCAUCCUGUGGGAAGCAGUUCAAGCGUAAAGACAAGCUGAAGGAGCACAUGCAAAGGCUUCAUGGGCCUGAUCGGGAAUCACGGGAGGCAGCACGUGCAAAGGCUGCCAGAGCUUCUGCUAACAGCAAACGCUUUGUACCAAAGGUUUCUCCAACGGAUUACCAACGCUUCAUUUACAAGUGUCAUGCCUGUUUGUUGGGCUUUCGCCGUAGAGGAAUGCUGGUGAACCAUUUGGCAAGACGCCAUCCAGACGUGCCCCUGGACACAGUACCAGAACUAAAUCUUCCAAUUCUAAAGGCCACCCGUGACUACUACUGUCAGUACUGUGAGAAAGUGUACCGCUCUUCUUCCAAACGCAAAGCCCAUAUUCUCAAGAACCACCCCGGUGCAGCAUUGCCUAUGAGUAACCGCACAAAGGGUGGUGUGCCCACUGUUCCUGGUGAGCCAAACCCCACGUUCUCUCACAUGGUUGGUAGUGUGACAACACAUCCACACAACUGUAACCUGUGCCACAAACAGUAUGCCAGCAAAGCAAAGCUACUACAGCAUCAACGCAAGAAGCACAUGGAUUUGAUCAGCCUAACUCUGGCUGCAAACCCACAAUUGUCAAAGGCGAGCCGAAGCACUUCCUUAUCCACUACAGCAAGCAGCAAUGUGAUCGCUACUGGGAGGGUGACUUCAGCAGUAAGCAAUGCUGGAAAUAACGCCAACAGCAGAGGACGAGAAGCAGACCUACUGACGCAGGCGAUGUCAGAACUCACCCAGACUCUCACUGAACUCCGACAGACCUCAGGCAAUUCACCCGGUGCAUUCAUCAUAACUCCUAGGGCACCAGGUCUUUUGGCAUCUGCCUUACAGGGGCAACCUGCUACUGCAGCGCCUCAGGGGGACCUGCAGAGAGACGACACUCCUGCUGGGGGAGACUUGGACAUGACUGUCCACAAUGACAGUGAAACUGCUGCUGUGGCAAGCUUGGACCAAGCACAGAUCAACCAGCUUCUAGCUCAAUAUCAGCAGCAGGCUGCACUUAGCUCUAAUGGAGGCAAUGACUCCACAACAUCUCAGCCUCCAGUUACAGAAGCAGCUUUGGUCAUCCCUGCUGCCAACAGCAACUGGACCAUUGUUUCUGUAACCUCAGCAGCUGAUGACACCUUUGAGCAAGAGUUUUCAUCAUCCUGAGCCAAGUGCUAACUAAGAAGUUCUAUCAAAGGCUUUGGAUUGCACUUUGGAGGUCUUCGUAGAUCUGGAGUGGAAUGUUAAUAUGGUAGAUCUGUCGUUCAUGUGUUCAGUGGCCUGUACAUCACUCUUAUUUAUUCAUAUUUUAAGUGCACGGGGUGUUCCAGUAACCAUGUCAAAAUGUAAUAAAAAAUACAUGCAAAUGGAAAAAUAUGCAGUCAAUGGCAUUCAUCUGUAGGGAACUUUUGCCACAUACUAAAACUAGUUUUACAGUGACAGCUGUUAGUGCCUCGUUUCCCUAAGACCACAGCGGCGUCUGCCGAAGGAAAAGUGAACACAGUAUCAGUGACGACGAGGACAACGUUAGCAUGGCGUUUGCGUAAAACAACCGUCUUUGUGAUUUUGCUUCAGACACCAUGGAGAUCCCGCUUUGCAACGGGUACAAGAACGCGAAGACCCAGCUCGUUGUGCAGCCGAGGCUGCAAACAAUAAGAGAGUGCGAUGUCAGGAUCCCAACACGUGUGCCGCUGAAGCUGAGGCAAAACGACACAGACGCGAAGACCCUGCAGUAUGUGCCACCGAAGCUGAGGCAAAGAGACGUCAGGGGCAAGCGAAAGCCGAAGGAGCCACGAAUGGCUUCACUAGCCAUUUCAGGGAGAACUUGUUUGGGUACAGUUGCUCGCUGUGCGAUCGCUUGUGGUUCAAGAAUGAUCUCACAGCGCUGCCGUUGACUUGCCACGCACUGCUUCGACUAGAACUGGGCGGUUAAAAUGACAGCUCAAUGCCGACGGUGCUGUCGCUGAAAUUUGCGUCACACAACCGUAACCGUCCUAUGAUCUUAUCAGACAUAAUUACAAGAAAUUUAAAUUCUCUUUCUGCUCAAAAUUUUCCAACUUAAAGUAACCUUUUCUCAUCAGAAAAAGGAAGUGCACUAUGGAUUUACCCCAGUACACAAAGUGCGCUUUGUGUAAUGUAGCAGCUCGAAAAACGUGUGACUGUGGGUACUUUGAGAAGGGCAGAUGUGUGUGGGGGGGGGGAGGGGGGGGGCUGGGGCUGCUUCUACAUUGGCAAAUGCCUUAAGGUGCAUCCUCACUAUGCCUAUCAGCUUUCUCUGUGUGCUUUGCCUAUGGUUCACUAUGCUGAUCGGCAUAUUUAAAAUGCCCUUUUAGACUUGCACCAUUUUCCAAAUGCCUUGGGACGCAUGUUUUUCUGUGACACACACUUUUCAUUCUGACUUUUUGACAUGGUUCCUGAAGCACCCUGUGUAUUUUUGAAGGAAUUCUGAGUUUCCCAAUGCCAACCUGUACCAUAUUUUGCACAUUGAAAAGGACACUUCCUUGUACCAUGACCACGCAACGUGAAUGCAUUUUAACCAUCCCUUGGGUCUCCCUCAGUUUCAUUAUUCACCUUCAUGAUUCCUUUAUCCACCAGCCAUUUUAGUAGUCUUGGAAAAGCCCUCUGGCCACAUAAAUACGGGUGAAGGACGUCUUUGUGUUUUGCCAUCACUCUUCCCUAGGAUUGUGAUAAUCUUUUUUUAAAUAUAAUUUUUAAAAGUCAAGUUGCCCUUGAGGGUUCUUAUGAGAGCACUUCACAGUUUUUUACUUGGAAUAAGUCUUUUUCCGCAGCUAGUUCGGGGUUUCUGUUCCAGGAAAUCGAGCAUAACGAAAUUUAGGUACAUUUCAAUUGCUCACUGCUUCCUGUACAAUAGUUGGAGGCAGAUGGCAACAGUGUCACAUGAUGGACCAUAGACGUACACGUGAUACUUACUGUGACUUAUUACGAGCUUUGCCAUGAGAUGGUUAUAGCAUGACACGCAAAACUCACGAUAUUUCAUGUCACCGCAUGCAUGUGUAAAAACGAUGACCUAAUAACCCUAACACAGUCCAAAAGAGGGAAAAAGUGACAAAUUUCGGUUUGAUUUUGAAAUGUUGCAACAUUUGUAAACAAAAUGUGUAAAGUAUAAUAAUUGGGUGUUUUACGUCGCGAGACAACUGAGAUCAUGAGCGACGCCACAGUGGUCGGUCUGUGGAUUGCUUUUGCCCACCUGAGGGUUCUUUAACGUGCAAUGAAAGCUCAUCACACGGCACCCCGUAUUUAACGUCCCUCGCGGAAGACGGCGUGUCUAAGCAACUUGUACCCUGCCACCAAAAAAUGUGUAAAGUGGCAUAAGGAUUGUAAAUGUUGGAAGGAUGGAGUAGGAAAGACAGGAGGUGAAGCUUCACUCUCUCCCAUGACCAGAUAGAGUGGAGAGAUAGAGAAGAGAGAAGAGGACCUAAGUGUUACGCCAUCUGUAGGGCAGAGAGGGAAGAUGAUGAUGAUUAGCAUUUUUAUGGCACAGCAGCGACGAUGGCUAAAAUGUGCCAAAACGUUGUUAAAAGUGUCAUUAGUUAAAAAUGGAAUGAUAAGCUUCAAACUAGUACAUGAUACAAAUUAACCCAAGCAUUCUGUUUUAAAAAAAAAUGGUUCGCUUAAAAUUACGAGGCGUCUAAAAAAGUUGUGUCUCUAAUAAAAUUGUAGACUCUACUCAAGGGUAAAAGAGCUUCAUCGCCCAGCAGAGUGGGAAGAUCUUGUUGUCACGUGGGCUUGGCAUUCAUUGGCUGCUCCGUGCAUUGUCCAUUGCUGCCUUCCGUUUCCCUGCUCAGCAUGCCUGCUCAUCGCCGUGCCGUUUCCUCAUCUGAGCAGGAAGAGCGGCCUUGUUUGUCGUUGAUCAUGGAAAACGUGCGCUCGCACACUGCAACUCGCACCUGGAUGUGUGGUAAACACAACCAUUAUCCACGUUUCUUACUAGAUUUCUAUCUAUUAAGCAAGGUGGAAGCUGCAGUAAAGCUUGGAAAGUACACGGCUUCCCAGUACCCAUGCGAGAGUGAAAAAACGAUGCGAGCACCACCUGUCACGAGGCGUCGGAAACUACCCUUCUGCUCCUCCGAAAUAGAUUCUACCUGAUCGCACGCCGCUGCUUGCUUCCAUAGGGAGUUUCACCUCCUGUCUUCCUUACUCCGUGGUUGGAAGAAAGGACGCAAAGGUUGGAAGGACGCAAUGAGAGCCCGUUGAGCAUUUUGUGACAGUGUUGUAUAUGUAAGGCUGGAGUUCACUCGCAUUACACGAAUGCUUUGCGCAUUGUUCAGUGAAAGACUACUACACAGUGAAUGUGAGUCCAGAGUUCUACCCGUCCUUGUCUCGGCAGCCGAUAACCCGGAAAUUCCAUACUAAAAUUCCAUAAUCAGUCAGUACAGAUGCCAAUGACUUGUGAAAACAAUAAAUAUAGCAUGAAUAUAUAACAAAAUAAAAAUAACAAAGUAGUCAUGCAGCAAUAGGAGAUAAGUAAAAAGACGUGAGAGUCCCGAAUUGAACUGUGGACCUUCUGUCUCAAAGUCCGACACUUUACCUCUCAACAAACAGCGGAGGGGGGUGUGGCGCCUUAAACACGCGACCUCAAUCGUGCACAGUGGGGAUUAUUUCGGAGUCUGAGGCAAACGGCGUGACAAGGCACGACGAGCGUGGCGCCAUCUAGCAGGAAAAUCGGAGUUGCUGCUAGACUAGUAUUGCCUCUUAACCAAUCAUCAGCACUUGGGAACUCAGUCUAAAGCUCUCUAUUGCUCCGAAGCGGUGCAGUGGUGCCACAGAGUGUUACGAGCUUUGUUAUCAGGGUCAACACACGACAGUACUCGUGUCUGUGUAAAAUGUUGAUGGCAGGAUACAAAAAACAUCCUGUCAUUGAAGCCACGCUGUAUUGCUCAAAGCAGACCUCACUGUUCUCAGUAGUAUAAUAAUCUUAUUUUGUAGACUAUACUCACGUUUGUUAAUGCUGCGCGCCAUUGCUUUUGUUUGAUGGUUUUUCUUAUAGUGGGGGGGAUUUAGUCAGCGUCUCUGCUGCUGACCAUGGACAAUCUCCGUGAAUCUGGAGAGCAUUCAUUUAGUGUUUGCCAAAAAUAUAUCUAACUGUUGGACCCAUGGCUGAUGUUUAGUUUACAGGCAUGAUGUCCUUGCAAUGCUUCAUAGGGCCUUGUGUUUUAGGGUUAAACAUGGUAAGACCCAAUCGUAAGUGCGUCAUCGUCACUUAGGGUAAAACCCAAAAAUCCCUGACGAUUAAAUUGGAAAGUCAGCCAUUAAUACAGGCACUGGAGUACACUAAGCAAAGUGCAAUUAGCACAGAUGCUAGACAUCUCGCCAUUCGUUUGAGAUGCAUGCUACGUACUUUAUUUUUCACUCGAUAUAUACCCGUAUGGCCCAAUUUUACCCUAUUUUACAGCUCCUGAAAUAAAACGCUAUUUUUACCCCCUGAUUUUCGAAAAACCUAAAACCCCCAAACACAAGGGUCUAUUUAUACAUAGUAUACCAGAGCGUACAUACACGUGCAUGUGUGGACUUUUAUACACUGUACCAUGAAGUGGAAACAAGAAAGGAAUUAUUAUGUUUUAUUAUCAUUAUUUAAAGCAUUUCAGAUCUUUGUUUUUUACUUUGGAGUUAAAUAAUUGUUUCCUUCCAUGCUGUUAUUUACAUUGAGACAAUGUGAUUGUUGAGAGAACAUUGAAACAACAGUGUUUUUGUGUCAGUCCUGUGCAGCCUUAUCAGUUUUGGUUACAGCUGUGAAGAUGCCGAAUGCAUUCUGUAAUGCUUGCACUCCUUGCAUUUAGAAGAUCACAAGUGUUCAGUCAGCCUUUUCCGUAGAAGCCGGAAAGUUACUUUCUCGUGACAUGUUAGAGAACACCUUACCUCUAUGAAUCUCUUCCUGUAGGGCGCUGUUAACUUUUUGGGGGCAUUCCGCUUUAAGAUAGUGUUAUAUUUACUUUCUGCACUGGUCUGCCUUUGUCUGAAUCAUGUGAUCUGAACAACGGUACAAAACUGCCAACGCAGGAGCGGUUUACAAAUUUUGUAUUUAUUUGCACGCUGACAAUCCUGGUAUUUAUGUGGCUCAGUAUUGUGUAGAUAGGCGACCACUUCAUCCUACCUGUUGUACAGAACAUUGAUCAUCCUUGAUAUAAUAUAUACAUCAUAGUCGAAGAGAGAUUUAUUGGGACCAUGAUAUGCUGUUUGGGUGUGCUUCCUGUCCUUGAGUUAAUGUGUGUUGUCAAUUAAAAAACGAUUGAGAGAAAAUAG